AUCGACACCAAGCUCUCUUUUGUUUUCUUUCUAUUUUGUUGUGCGACUCUUCGCCAUUCGAUAUUUCGGCUUUUCGGAAGUACCAAAUUUUGCCGGUUUUAUUCCACAUUUCCCGGUCCUCCUUGACAUUCCGUCUUCUUGAGCUGUGCGAACAAAAGCCGCUAAGGUCACAUUCUAACAAGACGAGCCUGAGCACCAUUCAGAAACAUGCUAAUCAAGGUGAAGACUCUGACUGGGAAAGAGAUCGAGAUCGACAUCGAGCCGACGGAUAAGGUUGAGAGAAUCAAAGAAAGGGUAGAAGAAAAGGAGGGCAUCCCACCAGCUCAACAAAGGUUGAUCUUCAGCGGGAAACAGAUGAACGACGACAAAACUGCAGCUGACUACAAGGUGACUGGCGGCUCAGUACUGCACUUAGUACUGGCCCUGCGGGGUGGCUUGUCCCAUCCAGCCGACAAGAGCCAGGCCAAUACUCGGUGGAACAAGUGAAAGAGUGUCUUGUAUGUUCAGAUGGAAGCUUUGUCGCCUCAUGUGCACUGAUCAGAAGUGAUUUGCUUUUACCAGUUGAAACAGCAGCAACAAUAAAGUGUGUGGACCCCCUUGA